AUGAAACCGUCUUUGCUACCGUUAGACGCUGGCCCAAGCGCUGUUCUCGAGAAGAGGUUGCUCGAAUCGAGGAACAAGUCCAAGUACUUCACUACUUAUGUAUUCCGUAUACCAUUUAGCCAUCGCUCAAUCCCAAUUCCCAUCCCAAGGGUUUUUGAGCUUCUGGUUGACGAUUCUCCACCUCAACAUAUCUCCACGCGUUCCAGGCGAUCUGAGCGUACUUUUCACUCCAAAUUGAAGCUUUUGUUUCUCUUGGUUGUAGUUGCUUUCGCUGCAACUUUCAUUUUUAUCUCUUUCCUUCAAAAAGUGGCUCAAGAUCAUCAAAUUGAACUUCCUUCCCCUUUUCAAGCCGCAACUACACUCCAAUUCACCAACGAUGAGCUUAAAUUGUUUUGGUUGGCUGAAAUUGACGCUGGUCGCUAUCCUUCCAGUAGAAAACUCCCUGAUUCCCUUCAAUUUGACGAUUACAUCAAGAAUCCUGCAUUACCUACUUUCGAAUACUUAGCACCUAUCGUACAAUCCCAAAUCUUAUCUUAUUCUGAUACCUCCACUUCUACUUCCCCUUACCCUCUCAACAACUCUGUUAUCCCUAUGGGUCCUAAUCGCUACUACUACCACAGGGAUAGCAGAGGCUCGGCUUAUCCACCCCGCCCUAUUCCAUACUCUGCACUCGAUUUGGAUGUUGUUAUGGAACACUGCGAUUUUUCUACCCAUCAAUACGUUAGAGAUUGUCUUGAGGUUCUCACUGUUGGUGCUGGUUUAGAUGUUGGUAACCACAUUCACAGAGGAAAGCUCAACAAUUGGUUGCACCACUUUACCACAAGCAACCCUCCUCAACAGAACCUCUCAAGUCUUCCUCAAAUGAAUCAGGAUAAACAGAGUGACAGUUGCGAUCCAGAGAAUCCAAGGAUUUUUCACAUGUUUUGGGCAGGUCCUUUCACAGACAAGCCUUAUCUUGCUCUUCUUUCAUUCCUUUAUACGCAGAAUCUUGGUUUACACGUCAAGAAGGGCACAGAGCAAAGUCAACCUGAAGCUUGUAAACCACAAUUCUGGGUGUGGAUCAAUCCAGGACCUGCUUCUUCAAUACCAAACUCGAAUGCCGUCACAAAUAUGUUCGAAUCUCUUACGGCAAAUCCAUGGAGCUCGCCAUUCCUUCAUGAUCGUUUCAACAAGUCGAUCAAGUUCAAAAUGUGGAACACUACCGAGCAACUUGACGGUGUGCCAGAGCUUGCGCCAUACUGGAGAAAUCAUGAGUUAUUCAACUCUGGCGGUGUGCGUUAUGGUAGUCCAAAGAAGCAAGAGAAUCAAUCACAGCCAAAAAAGAAUGAACAGGUAGAUGAACAAAGAAAGAAUCGUGAAGCAGAGGAGGACGAUGCUGCACAAGCAGCUGCAGAGAAAGUUGAAAAUAACAAAAACACCCUAAAUGCCCCAGUUGGGGGGUUGGAUGAGGAAGAUGGUACAAUGGAAAAUAGAGUUGGAUCAACAUCUGAUUCUAACUAUGAUCGUAUCACUGUGGUUCUUUCGGAUAUGGCUAGAUUCAUACUCACGCAUCGCUUCGGUGGUAUCUAUAUUGACGCUGAUACACUCUUUUUGAGAGAUUGGGAGGAACUUUGGGGAUGGAGUGGUGCAUUCGCGUAUAGAUGGUCAAGACUUGAAAGUUAUAACACAGCUGUGUACAAGAUGCACAAAAACUCUCAACUCGGUAGCUUCCUCUUCAAGACGGCAUUAGCGAAUGGGUUUGAUUUCCAUCCUAUGACGAUUAGUAAAUACACUAGAGAAGCGCAACUCGAUAAUUUGCUGCUGCGACUUCCGGACGCCCUCUUUGAUUCUGCGUGGCUCAACACGGAGAAUUUCCAGAUGGACCGGCCGCCGUUCCCAUUUUUAAAGGAGUUUAAGCAUCUCUUUGAAACACCUCCAUUAGACUCGUCAGCACCGUCAGCUGGUGGAUUUGAAUCAUUUUACAGAGGUGCUUUUUCUUACCACUUCCACAACCACUGGUGGUUGCCUUUCGAUCCAUCGCGGAAUUUCCCAGAUCUUGGAACAAGAUUUUCAGCUGGAGAGGAGAUAGCUCGCAGCGAGCUGAGGAAGGGUGCCGGAGCAGCGCCUGUGAAUCCAGGGCCAAAGAAGCCAUCGAAGCAGGAUGAUUUGCAGCACGCAUUUGCAGGUGAUAAAGAUAGGACAAUAGAGAUGGAGGAAUCACAGACGAGCGAGGAACAUGAUCUCAGCUGGUCGACGAUAAUCAAGCGUACAUUUGAGGCGUAUAUCCGUGGGGAGCGGCCUAAUAUGUAUGGAGAGUACAUUGCGUGA